AAUCUCGAGUCCCCGAUUCCAAAGCGUCAACGGCUGUUCAUGGAACACCGCCAUCGCUUCGUGGAUCCUCUAUUCCGACGCCGGCGCCUGAAGUAUAUGGAGAGACUCACUACGGGGAAGACGAAACCAAAGGAGAGGAAAUACCACGGUUAUUAUAUAGUUCAUCCGGACAACAAGAAGAGAUGGCCGUCGAAUCUGGG